CGGCGGAGCGGGGCCGUGGCCGCGGCCGGUGCCGCCCCUGUCUCGGCGCGGCCCCAUAAAGCCGCCGCCCGCCGCCGCCCUUCGUCGCCCGCCAUGCCCCUGCCGCCGCCCGCGCUGCCCUGGCUGCUGGCCGCCUGCUGCCUCUGCGCCCUGCCGCGGGGCUCCGGGUUCCCGCAGCCCCUCUCUCGCUACAGGGACGGCGCGGAGCUGCCCAAGAGCCAGCAACUGGCGCUGUGCUUCAGUCAGUGGAUGGAGCUGUCCAACCAGCCCCAGAUCUCCAGCACUGUUUUGGAUCUUUGUUAUUCCAUAUUCAACAGCUUGCAAACAAAUGAGGAAUCACAGAUUGCUGCUGCAGAGUUUACAAAGAAGGAUAGUCAUGGGACUCUGGGACGGCCUUUUUUCCUUUUCAGGCCUCGAAAUGGAAGAACUAUUGAAGGCGGUGCGGGUGUAAAUUGUAGUUGGAACACAAAAGCUAGCAAGUCCUUCCCUGUGAUAAAUGCGGACUCGCCUCUGCUCCCAGUGACCUUCAGUCACCUAAUUCCAUGUGAGAACCCACUAAUACAGAUCUCUGCAUGCAGAUCGGAGUCAUCUUUAUCUCAUAUUUAGGACUUCCUGGGGUAAACCAGAGCAGAAAGAGUAAGAAUGGGGAUGUAGGGAAGGAAGACAGUGAGAUCAAGUAGUAUCACGUAGCUCUUCCUUAUCCAUCUUUGAAAGAGUAUAUUAAAUGUCUCAGUGAGUUUUAAUGGAAAAUGCACAAAAUAGUCAAUGUAUAUGCAUCUCCUCCUUCAAACUCUCUUAUUCCAAUCUUUUAUCCCAUAAUAAAAAAAUCAUUCUGUUUGCAACUUCAGAAUCACAUCCAAGUGUUGACAGGAAAGGUUAUUUAUCUGGGGUGACAGGUCAGACGAGUAGCAAAGAGAUACUGCAAAGAAAACACAAGCAAAGAAUGCUUUUACUGUAUUUUCAAGAUGGACUCAUAAAGAAGGGAGACAAUGACUGGAAGAGUGUUACGGAGCAGCAUAACUGUGCUUGCUCUGGUCUUACCCACAGCUCAGUUCCCUGAGUUAGCUGGGCUGCAAGAUCAGCACUGUGCCUCCACCCUUCUGAAAGAAGGUCAGUGGAGUUGGGACAUGUUGGAGAGAGCAGAACUGCAUGAGGAGGGAGGAUUCAUGUUUGAAUGCACCUAACAGAUCUGGGCACUUAAUCCCAUAUUUCAGACUUUGACCUGUCUUAAUCUCAAAGUGCAGGAAUUUCAGUUGAUUUCAUUUCUAACUUUAGGAAGGAUUAAACAUACAUAACUGAAUACUACAUCAUAUAAAGAUCAACACCUCAACAUAAAAUAUGACAUUGCA